CACACCGCGGCUACCAACUCAGGAGGGGCACCUUCAGAAAGCAUUGGGUGCACUGGUCGUUUAGUGGCUUAAUAUUUACCUACAUCGGCAUACCCCUCACAUUCACAAUGUCUCUACUCUCUGUAAGCAGACUGGCGCCGAGGAUCCUGAAUUCCAAGAGCGCCGCUUGUCUCUUUGUGGCCUCAAGGAACGCCACCUCAUCAACGAACCUGAGGGAUGUGUUGGCAGACCUGGUCCCCAAAGAACAGAGUCGCAUCAAGAACUUCAAACAGCAGCAUGGCAAGACCAACGUCGGCCAGAUCACAGUGGACAUGAUGUAUGGUGGGAUGAGGGGGAUGAAGGGCCUGGUGUAUGAGACCUCAGUGCUGGACCCUGAUGAGGGUAUCCGUUUCCGUGGCUACAGCAUUCCGGAAUGCCAGCAGCUGCUGCCCAAGGCUGCUGGCGGGGACGAGCCUCUUCCUGAGGGACUCUUCUGGCUGCUGGUGACUGGACAGGUGCCCUCUGACGAGCAGGUGGCGUGGCUGUCUAAGGAGUGGGCUAAGCGUGCAGCUCUGCCAUCCCACGUUGUGACCAUGCUGGACAACUUCCCCACCAACCUGCACCCCAUGUCCCAGUUCAGCGCCGCCAUCACCGCACUCAACAGCGAGAGCAGCUUCGCACGCGCCUACUCCGAGGGAGUCAACAAGGCCAAGUACUGGGAGUUUGUGUAUGAGGACUCCAUGGACCUGAUUGCCAAGCUGCCGUGUGUGGCCGCUAAGAUCUACCGCAACUUGUACCGCGAGGGCAGCAGCAUCGGGGCCAUAGACUCCAGCCUGGACUGGUCUCACAACUUCACCAACAUGCUGGGAUACACCGACGCACAGUUCACCGAGCUCAUGCGGCUGUACCUCACCAUCCACAGUGACCACGAAGGAGGUAACGUGAGUGCCCACACUAGCCACCUGGUGGGCAGUGCCCUGUCCGACCCUUACCUGUCCUUCAGCGCGGCUAUGAACGGCCUGGCAGGACCUCUGCACGGCCUCGCCAACCAGGAGGUGCUGGUGUGGCUGACGGCGUUGCAGAAGGAGCUGGGAGGAGAAGUGUCAGACGAACACAUGAGAGAUUUCAUCUGGAACACACUCAAGUCUGGACGGGUGGUGCCAGGCUACGGGCACGCCGUGCUGAGGAAGACGGACCCUCGCUACACGUGCCAGCGGGAGUUUGCCCUGAAGCACCUGCCUAACGACCCCAUGUUCAAGCUGGUGGCUCAGCUUUACAAGAUCGUGCCCAAUGUGCUGCUGGAACAGGGCAAGGCCAAGAACCCCUGGCCCAACGUGGACGCACACAGCGGAGUGCUGCUGCAGUACUACGGCAUGACUGAGAUGAACUACUACACAGUGUUGUUCGGCGUGUCGCGCGCGCUGGGCGUCCUCGCACAGCUGAUCUGGAGCAGAGCGCUCGGCUUCCCCCUCGAGCGCCCCAAGUCCAUGAGCACAGACGGACUCAUGAAACUCGUCGGAGCCAAGUCUGGUUAGACGAGGAAGAGGAGGAGGAGGAGGAGGAAGAAGGGCAAGGGAGACACUUUGGGGAUUUGGGGGGGAGGGAAAGAAGAGAAAUGGCGCUUGUCUUCAAAACGACAAAAAAAAACCUACCACACACUUUUAAGAACUUUCAAAGAAGGGCCUUUACUGCAGUUCAACCAGAUAGUUAACUUAUUGUUAAGGGGCAGUAGCUGAUGAUUAAAAAGCUCAGUUGGAGAGCCGAGGAAUA